AUGGACAAAAUCGAUGACCCAGAUCGACGGCAACGUCUGCUGCAUCUCGAAAAUUGUCUGACAGAAGUUGAGUCUGAAAUAAAUAUUGAUGGGCUUUUGGACACUGUUCAAGCUCUGUAUUUAGACUGUGAUCAUCCUGCCUUAAAACGGAUGAAAACAAUAGAAAGUUAUUUGCAGCGCUACCAUAAAUCUGCUAAUGUUGUUGUAUCAUGUCGAAUGACUCCCGAUGAUUUCAUUGUUAUCAAAACUAUUGGAAGAGGGGCUUUCGGAGAAGUUCAAUUAGUCAGACAUAAAUCAACAAAGCAAGUGUAUGCUAUGAAAAGACUUAGCAAAUUUGAAAUGAUAAAACGUUCUGAUUCUGCUUUCUACUGGGAAGAACGGUUUAUCAUGGCCUUUGCAAAUUCGGAAUGGAUUGUAAAGUUGCACUUUGCUUUCCAAGAUGCCAAGCAUUUGUACAUGGUUGUUGAUUAUCUCCCUGGUGGAGAUCUUGUUACUUUAAUGAGUAACUUUGAUGUUCCUGAAAAGUGGGCAAAAUUUUAUGUUGCUGAAGUUGUUUUAGCUGUUGAUGCCAUUCAUUCUAUGGGCUUUGUACAUAGAGAUGUUAAGCCUGACAAUAUUCUGCUGGAUACCCAAGGCCAUAUCCGGUUGACAGAUUUUGGCACUUGUAUGAGGGUCGGACCGGAUGGUUUAGUUCAUUCAGAUACAGCCGUUGGAACUCCAGAUUAUAUUUCACCCGAAGUUUUGAAGUCAGAAGGGGGAUCUGUCCUCCAAGGUUGUUACGGAAAAGAAUGCGACUGGUGGAGCGUUGGUGUUUUGCUAUAUGAAAUGCUAUUUGGUGACACACCGUUUUACUCUGAAUCUCUGGUUGGUACUUAUGCAAAAAUUAUGGAUUUUGCAAAUAGUUUGCAUUUUCCUGAUGAUGUCAUGAUUUCCAAAGAAGCCAAGAAUCUUAUAUGUGCCUUCCUUACUGAAAGGAUGGAAAGAUUGGGAAGAAACGGCAUUGAAGAUAUCAAACGGCAUCCCUUUUUUCAAAAUGAUCAAUGGACUUUUGACAAUAUUCGUGAAUCUGUGGCACCAGUUAUUCCCGAACUUGCUAGUGAUGAUGAUUCAUCAAAUUUUGAUGAGAUUGAUAAAGAAAAUAACAAUGAUGAAGAUUUUCCACCAUCAAAGGCGUUUGCUGGGAACCACUUGCCUUUUGUUGGUUUUACUUACUCUGGAGAUUAUCAAUUACUUUCACAAGGUUUGGCGGUGGACAAAAUUUGCAAAAAUGACAUGGAUGAAUGUGGAAACUUGAAAAAGAUAGAGACAUUACAACAUGAAAUUUCCGUAGUACAAAAUAGAAAUGAAGAUCUAGAGAAAAAAUAUAGGUUUGCUCUGACACAGUUGGAAAAUUUUGCCAAUCAACAGGAAAGAGUUUCCUUCAUAGAAAAGGAGAAUCGAGAGAUGGAGAAAAGCAUUCUCAUGUUGAAGCAUGACAUUAAAGAAGCACAGCGCAAAUUCGACAACGAGUCUCAAAACCGACGGAAAGCCGAGGCCUUGCUGAUUCACGAGAAAAACAUUUGCUCGAAUCUGACUUCGACAACAGAACAGCUCAAUGAAAAGAUAUCUAUGCUGGAAAGAGAAUUGAGAGAUCUCAGUGAUAAACUGAAGGUGGAGUCUGAGAGUGGCAUGAAAUUCAAAAAAUCAAAUGCUGAAUUAAUGCUAGCUAAUACCCAACAAACCAAGAAGAUUGAGGAACUGAGUAACAAAGUAUCCGUGUUGGAAGACAUGAAUAUUUCUCACGAAAAAGAGCUUAUAGAUCUUACUGUGCAAUUAGAACAAGGGAGAAGUACAUGGACUGAAGUUGCGGACAGAACAUUAGAUUUGGAAAAUCGUCGGCAAGCACUUCAAAAUGAGUUAAGGCUUCAAAAAGAGCGUGAGAGUGCUCUGCUCUCAGAAAAUCAACAACUUACUACUAAAUUUGUAGAACUUGAAAAGAACCAUGCAAUGGUCGUUCUACAGUUAAAAAAUUUGAAAAAGAAAUUAGACGACUCUACCGCUGCAUAUAGAGAAGACAUUGAUGCAUUGACUGCUGAUAAAAAACGAAUUCUGUCUUCAACUGAAGAAGCUAAUUUGGAGGCUGUGCAAGCUUUGAAAGCCAAGCUUUAUGAAGAAAAAAUUUUGCGGGAUAAGUUGGAAGCUUUUAUUCAAGAAAAAGAGCGGCAGAUUUCAAUGCUGUCUGUUGACUAUAGACAUAUGCAACAGCAGCUAGAAAAACUGGAAAAUGAAUACAGAGAUGAGACUAAAAAGGUCAAAAUAUUGUCAUCUCAACUUGAGGAAGAAACUCAGAAGAAGAAUUCGAUGCAGGCAGAAAUUUCUGCUCAUUUAUCCGAAAAGAAUUAUCUGAAAACAAAAGAAAAACAAUUGACCAAAGAGAUGUCUGACUUGAGAGAAACCAAAAAAUACUUGGAACAGGAACUUAGUAAAUUCAAAACUUUUAAGUCACUUACUGAUUUACAAACAAAAGAACUUCAGGAUCAACUAGAGGCUGAACAAUAUUUUACAACUUUAUAUAAGUCACAACUAAAAGAAGUGAAGGAAGAAAUGGAUGAAAAACAACAAAUUCUUGUGGACUUAGAAAAUGAAAGAAAUAAUUUUUCUCACCAACUUCAAUUAGCCAUAGCCCGUGCAGAUUCCGAGUCUUUAGCAAGGUCUAUUGCAGAAGAGACAAUCGCAGAUCUGGAGAAAGAAAAGACUAUGAAGGAAUUGGAAGUGAAGGAAUUAAUAUGCAGGCAUAGAGCUGAAUUAAUGAAUAAAGAUACCAUUAUUUCUAACAUGAAAGAUAAGGAACAUGACUUCAAAAAGACCAUCGAGUUGCUAGGUCAAGACAAAGAGGAUCUCAAUAUAAAGAUAUUAACUCUUCAAGAAGAUUUGAACAACCUUAGAAAUGAGUCUUCAAAUAUUGAAGAUCAGAUCCAACAGCUCAAUAAACAACUCCAACAAGAGCGGCUUUUGAAACUACAAGCUGUUAAUAAGCUGGCUGAGGUAAUGAAUAGGAAAGACUGGUCCGGCAAGAAAAACAAGUCCAGUGCAACGGAUUCGAAAAAGAAGGCAAAAGAAUGUCGCAAACUUCAGCAAGAUCUGACUGUCGAACGGGAAAAGUACAAUCAAAUGGUUUCCCGUUUCCAAAAAGAGUUGUCAGAAGUUCAUGCUUCGUUAUAUGAUGAAAGUCAAGGUAAAUUAAAGUUGCAGAUGGAAUUGGACUCGAAAGAUUCUGAAAUAGAACAGUUGCAACAGCGGUUGGUUCUUCUAAAUAGCGAGACAGCUAGUAUCAAUAGUGGUCCAGAUAAUGAUACGGAUGAUGGUUUUCCAGAAACUCGAUUGGAGGGUUGGCUCGCAGUUCCUAAGCAGAACAUCAGACGACAUGGAUGGAAGAAGCAAUAUGUCGUGGUCAGCAGUCGGAAAAUUAUUUUUUAUAACAGUGAGUCCGACAAAGCUAAUGCUGAUCCUGUGAUGGUUCUGAAUUUGAGCAAACUUUUCCAUGUGAGGCCUGUUACACAAGGAGAUGUGAUACGAGCUGAUGCCAAAGAUAUUCCUCGAAUUAUGCAACUUCUUUAUGCGGGUGAGGGGGAGAGCCGGAAACCGGGCGAUUCUCACUCGGAUUUGCAGCUUCCUCACACACUUACUAAAGAUCUGAUGCAGCCAGGAGUAUUUGAGCACAAGGGUCACGAUUUUGUCUCAAUUAACUUCCACAUGCCCUCAACAUGUGAAGCUUGCCCAAGGCCGAUGUGGCACAUGUUUAGGCCUCCACCAGCUCUGGAAUGCAGAAGAUGCAGGGUAAAAAUUCACAAAGAUCACCUAGAAAAGAAAGAAGAUUUGAUCGCUCCGUGCAAAGUCAAUUAUGAUCGUAAUUCGGCAAGAGAGCUGUUACUCUUGGCCAAUUCAGUUGAAGAACAACAGAUAUGGGUUGCAAGGCUCAGAAAGAAAAUUGAAAAAUGUGGUUAUGCUGCACAACAAGAAGGUAGAGGUGGAUCAUCUCCUAGGGCAUCCAUGCGCUCAACAACUAAAUAUCAGCCACAGAAGUCUGCAACACUGCCAUCUAAUGUCCUCUCGAGUGCCAUGAGGAAAUAAGCCUUCAAAAAU